CCUCCAAGUCCCUCUCCUAAACAUUUGAGUUUCAGACAUUUGUGCGGACUGGGUAAGCCGGCAAGAACUUGAACGGACGUGAGAAGAAAACAUUGGUACAAUGAAGUCUUUAUUCGGGAGUCUCGUCUACUGCCUUUUCCUCUUUGUGUCUGAUGUAUACGGAACGUACCGUUUGAAUGGAUUCGAUCCACAGCAGGUUACUGCUCAAAGUUAUGCACAACGUAGAAAUAUUGUCCUUCCACCGCUGCGGACGCUCGCUCCUUCAGUUCACGCCAGUGCAUACAGGCAUAGAGGCUAUCACUACCACCACCAGCCACCAGGGAUCCACCUGCCCGUGGUUUACCAACAACCUGGCCCUCUAUCUCCACCCGUGGCUUACCCCAGACCCUCUGUCCCCUUAAGACCUUACCAACACAGAUUCAAAGGGCGAGCGCCACCGGUGGUGUACAACCUAUACCAAGACCUUUCACCUCCAGUAGUUCACCACCACCUGUUUAAAGUUUUUUUCCCACCAGUGAGCCACCACCACAAAUUCAAAGGUAAAUGUCCACAAAUUUUACCUCUGGUACAGCCUAAACCUACUACAGUGCCAACGACCCCUGUGGUGUACCUACCCACCACAGUUCCAACUCUACCAUCAGUGACUACAUUGCAACCGGUGAUGACCACCUUGCCACUGGAGGUGACCACCACCCCCGUGCCGCCAACACUACCUGUCAGUACCCAAAGCGGCGUCGACAUCACCACCACCAGUGUGGAGACAGCGACCGACAAUUCGUGCAGGAGCCGUCCCCUGGACCUGGUCUUCAUCAUCGACAGCUCCCGCAGCGUGCGCCCCGGAGAGUUUGAGAAGGUCAAGAUCUUCCUGGCCGACAUGGUCGACACCUUGGACGUGGGACCAGAAGCCACCCGUGUGGCCGUGGUCAACUAUGCCAGCACGGUCAAGAUCGAGUUCCUGCUCAAGACUCACCUGAACAAGCCCAACAUGAAGCAGGCUAUCACCCGCAUUGAGCCCCUCGCCGCCGGCACCAUGACUGGCCUGGCCAUCAAGUCGGCCAUGACCGAGGCCUUCACCGAAGAGUCAGGCGCCCGGCCAAAGUCGAAGAACAUCGCCAAGGUGGCCAUCAUCGUGACAGACGGGCGUCCUCAGGACCAGGUGGAGGAGGUGUCAGCGGCUGCCCGGGGGUCCGGCAUCGAGAUCUACGCGGUGGGGGUGGACCGAGCCGACAUGACCUCUUUGCGGCUGAUGGCCAGCAACCCUCUGGAAGACCACGUGUUCUACGUGGAGACCUACGGCGUCAUCGAGAAGCUCACCUCCAAAUUCAGGGAGACCCUGUGUGGUUGGGACCCCUGUGACAUGGGACACGACUGUGAGGACAUGUGUGUUAGCAGCAGCAGCAACAACUCCUAUCACUGCGAGUGUCGGGAGGGGUAUCUCUUGAACACGGACAAGAAAACAUGUUCCCAGAGUCAGACACGUGUGGACCCCUGUGCCAUGGGACACGACUGUGAGCACAUAUGUGUCAGCAGCAACGCGUCCCAUCACUGCAAGUGUCGGAAGGGCUAUAUCUUGAACCUGGACCAGAAAACAUGUACUCUGAAACAGAUGAAGGUGGUGGUGGUGGAGGACCCUUGUAAGUGUGAAGCCAGACUGGCUUUCCAGAUGCAGACACAGGCCGCCCUCCAGGAGAUCACUGCCAGACUAGCUGACAUGACAGGAAGAGUGGAACAGAUUGAGAACAUUUUGGGACCUGUCUAAGGGGAGGAGGAAACGCAGGGUCAGCCAACCUCCGAUGGCCCCGCAGCCAGUCGUCACAGUCACGGACCACUGCAACACAGGCAUGUACUACUACUGCUGUCCUCCAUCACAUCAGCGGACAUCGACAACAACAGACAGUGGAACUUUGGAUAAACAACACUGCAACAGCUAGACGGAAAUAAUGUCAGUCCAUGGUUCUUUAAACAAGCUAUUGGACUUAGGUCAGGACUGUACCAGGGAAUUAUGGGGGCUAACAGUGUCAGUCUGUCCAUAUAUGAGCAUCAAGUUCCCACGAAACGUUACAGUAUAUAACGGUAUACCCCGUUUAGAAAUGUGCUAAAUACAUUUAUUGUAUUAAUACAUUUUCAUCAAGUCUGCUUCAGCUAACACAUUUGGAWUUUGUUUUUGGAAGUUUCUUUGAAGUAUAUUGAUUUAUUUUUAUUUUUAUAAUGUUCAGUAGGGACCAGUCAGUGAGGGUCAUUGCUUUUAAGAUUUUGUUUUAUUUGAACAGAUUUUAGAAAUGUUAUACAAUAUUUGAUCAUUUCCAAUCUGGUAGAAAUAUGUAAUUUGUUUUUUGUGCCCGCCAAUUAAGGUAUUUCUGUUAGGUUGUGUCAGUGCAAAAUGUUGAACGCUAUAAUGUGAGGAAAAUGUACACCCCCAUGUGUGCUGUGUACGUCGGAAUAAAAAAAAGGAAUGUACUGAAUAUGUGACAAUCAAGACCAGGAGAGAYAAUUAUUUUGCACAGUGCCUUUAUCCAUUGAACUACUUGAUGAAUAUUAAAGGGGAAGUUCAGUAUUUUA